UUGUGUGCCUGGCCUGCGAAGUUCGCAAUGCGAACUACGGUCUAUUCGAAAACUGCUAGUGAGUGGCCAUCUUUAGUAGCAUGCGUUUGAAUAGGGUAGUGAUAAAAUUUACUUUUCUAAGUAAUUUAUGUAAGAAACAAAGAAAUUAUUCAUGAUGUCAGAUAGUAUUAAAGUUGCAAUAAAAAUUAGACCGCUGAUUAAGCGGGAGAAGGAUGAGAAUUUGCCAAUACAAUGGAUAACUCAAGAAAACAGUAUUAUGGUCAACGACGCAGAAAUAAAAAAGCGAGGCGACGGUAGAUUCACAUUCGAUCAUAUUUUUGAUAUGGAUGCCAGUAAUAAAGAUGUAUUUGAUAGCGUUGUAAGACCUAUUGUUGAUGCUACUGUAAAUGGAUUUAAUGGUACAGUAUUUGCUUAUGGACAGACAAGUUCCGGUAAAACAUAUACUAUGAUGGGUACUUCAGAAGAGAUAGGCAUAAUACCUUUGGCUGUUGAACACAUAUUUGAAGCCAUAGCCAAUACUUCAGGACGAGAAUUUUUAUUGAGGGUAUCUUAUUUAGAAAUUUAUAAGGAAAAAGUAUAUGAUCUUUUGACUACAGAUGGAAAUGAUUUGAAAAUACAUGAAGAUACAAAUGGUCAAGUAUUUGUGCCUUGUAAAGAAGAAGUUACGAAUUGUCCACAAAAUGUUUUAUCAAUCAUGAAUAAGGGUGAUAAAAAUAGAAAAAUAGGUGAUACAAAUAUGAAUCAAAAAAGCAGUAGAAGUCAUACAAUAUUUAGAAUUACAAUUGAGAGUCAAGAAGCUGGUGCUGAUUCAGAUGAUGCAAUACAAGUAUCACAAUUAAACAUGGUAGAUCUUGCUGGUUCAGAAAAAGCACGACAAACGGGUGCCACUGGAAACCGUUUUGAGGAAGCAUGUCAUAUAAACUUAUCUCUUUCCACAUUAGCAUUAGUAAUUAAACAAUUGAGUGAGCCACAAGAAUCUCAGAAAUAUGUAAAUUUUCGAGACAGUAAAUUGACACGAUUGCUUCAAACUUCUUUAGGAGGCAACGCAAUGACAGCAAUAAUAUGUACAAUAACACCGGCUGCACUAGAUGAAACUCAGUGCACAUUGUCAUUUGCAUCAAGAGCAAAAAAUGUGAAAAAUAAGCCUCAACUGAAUGAAGUCAUGUCCGAUAGUGUACUUUUGAAACGUUACACAAAACAAAUAGAUAAAUUACAAACAGAGUUAAAGAAACUGAAACAAUUGGCUCCAGACUUUCAAGAAAUGGAGUCCCGAAUACAAGAAAAGGAUCGUCUUAACCAAAAUUUGGAGGAACGUAUCGAAUUGUUGCAAACCAAGAUAGUCCAUGGAGAUACUCGCAACAAUCCGGAAACAUUUAAGAGUAGAGUAAAAAGACGACAAACUUGGUGCGGCAGUGGUGUAUCUAAACUUGAUACAUUUGUUCCAUGGACGAAUUUAGCACCAAUCCAAGAAAUGUCACCUUGCAAAUUGCAUGAUAGAAAAUCUGUUGAUACGAUGGAUACAUCAUUCCAAAUUGUUUACCCAUUAACCGAUUUUGAAGAGGAACUCAUGAAAAAUGAAGAGGCAUUAGAAAAUGAUAGUGACGAUGAUUUUAUUACAUAUCGUAGGCAGAAUCGUGUCAAAUUUAAAGAUGAUGUAAUUAUGCACAAAUCACCCACAAGCAAUGACAGUUGUAUAUCGGAGAAAAUUGAUAUUUCUACUCAAACUACGGGUCCGCAAUCUCCUGGCACCCCAAAACAAAGUUUACGGGACAGGAUUGACCAUUUGUCAAAAGAAUAUUCGCAACUCGAAGAGUUCACAACAUUGGAGAAGCAACUGUUUGUUGAAGACUAUAAUUGCGAAACGAAAGAAAAACUUACCAGGCUUUCAACACUAGAAAAACAGUUAGAAAAUAUAACAUCUGAUAAGGAUGCAUUCGAACAUAUAGCAGCCAAGCUUCGUAAAGAGUUAACUGCAGCUGAAGUACGUUAUACUUUAGCAGAAGAUCAAUUAAACGCGCAAGUAACAGAAUUACAAAGGAUACCAGAUUUAGAAAAAAAGAUUGCGCAAUUGACGGCGCAGGAAAUGGAAGUGCAGAACAUUCCAGAACUACAAAAACAAGUAGCUUUUCUUACAGCUGAAAAGAACGAGAGUGAACAUAUCACAUCUGAAUUGCGAAGAAAACUUAAUGAAGUAGAACAACGCAGUAUUUUAUUAGAAAAUAAAUUGGCAAUGCAGAAGAGUCACACUAGCGACACAGAGGAAUCGUUUAUACAGCUUUCGUCGAAAAAUGAAAAUGUGCAACAAAUAAAAACGGAAUUAGAAACCCAAAACAUUACUAUUUUUGAAUUGCAAGAAAAGUUAAAAGAAGCGGAAUUGUGUAAUAACUCGAUCAAGGAGCAAUUCAAUGUACAACAGGUGGAAUUAUUAAAGACUAUCGACGAGCAAAAGAAAUGCAUCGAGAAUUUCACGAUUGAAAGAAGUAAGUUAGAAAAUGCAUUCCGUGAGCUGCAAGAAAAAUCUAGGGAAACCGAAUUGCAUAAUAAUUUAUUGAAGGAUAAAAUAAAUGAACAAGAAUUACAACUACAGACAAUUCAUAAUCUGGAAAGGGAGAUUGAGUCUCUUACAUCAAAAUCGAAAGAAUCUGAAUGCACGAUUUACGAAUUGCAAGAAAAGCUGAUCAAAACUGAGCAGUGUACUUCGGCAAAAGAUGAACAAUUACAAAAAAUUCAGGAACUAGAAGCACAAAUUACAAUACUGAUGUCUGAAAGAGAAGAAUACGAACAAGAAUUUAUGAAAUUUAAAUCAUUGCUAAUGAGUCAGAUGGAAGACACACAUUCAAAAGAACCAGUAUCUACGAACUCGAUGACGUUGGAUCACGAUUGCGAAGAUAUGUUGUUAAAUAAUGGCGAUUCGUCGAAAAUGAUUGAGGAUUUAUCGAUUACGAGAAUAUCUUUAGAAGACGAUGGUGCAAAGUUAUCUGCAGAUCUUCUUUUGAAAAAUCAGGAAAUAGACGAAAUAAAACACGAUGUGCAAAGUUUGAAAGCGGAUAUAGAAAAAUUGCAAGACACUAUAUAUUUAUUAACAACUGAAAAUAGUGAAUUAGCGAAUAAAUUAACAGAGGAGAAGGAAUGUGCCAAAAAAUCAGCUGCUUGUUUUCAACAAACAAUUGAUAAACUUUACGCGCGAAAUUCGAAGAUAACCGAUGAAAACUACAAUCUUGAGAAUAACUUGGCGCUUCUUAACGAGCAGAUUGAAACUCUUCGUUCGAAGACAUCUGAACAGAACUUGAGCGAAGAACAGAUUAAUUUGAAGUACGAAGAACGGAUCAAUACGUUGACAGUAAAAAAUGCAGAAUUAUUGUCUAAUAUCGCAGACGCAAUGAAAGAACUCGAAACAUUAAAGGAAAGCAAGUCACUUCUGUAUGAGCACGAUUGUAUGUACAAGGAUAAAUUAACUGACAUUGUAGAGAAAUGCGAACAUUUGACAACCGAAAACAAUGAACUUUCCAUUGAUUUAAUGUGCCAAAUCGAAGAGAAUGAUGAAUUAAGACAAGAAUGUAAUAUUUUAAAAGAUAAACUAGAAUUAUCACUGAAAAAUGCGAACAUUAAUGACAACGAUGUAGAACAACUGAAAGCAGAGAAUACUUUGUUAAAAACCGAACUGAUGGAGCUGAAAGCCAACAUGAAAGUUUUAAACGAAGAAAACUCGAAAAUGUCUGAUCAGUUAGUGGAGACUUUAGAAGAUCUAGAUAAUACGCGAAAAAUUAACUCUUGCAGUAACGACUUGAACUCGUCAAUGUUACUCAAUAUCUCGACAAUGAACGAUAGAAUGGACGAAACUAUAAAGGAGGACACUGCCGAAGCAAAAAUCUUGAAACUGCAAGAGGAAAUUAAUAAUCUCACGCGUCUCAAUAGAAAGCUCAGCGAUUUAAAAUCAAGUGCCUGUACUGAGUGUGUUUGCUUGAAGGAGUUGAGCAAUUCGAUUAAGGAUAAAUUAAACGCCGAGGAAAUGAAAGGUGUUGAGCUGAACAAUCAAAUAACUGAAUUGCAUAAUAAGAAUAGUGCCUUGACAGAAGAAAUGAAUGCUUUGAAGGAUGAUUACCUGACAUUGCAACGUAAGAGUGCCACGUUGGAGAAAAAGGUCAGAAGUAGUAUUAGUAAAGUCCAAGCUGAAGAGCAAAUAGACGAAUUGAAGGACUUGAAUAAAUCGUUGCGAAAUCAUUUAGACGGCGCUGGCAAUCGAAUAACAGAGUUGCAAGCUAACAACACUGACUUGAUGAAGCAGUUGGUUACUUUAAAUAGUCAGUAUGAAACAAUGUGCAAGGACAAUCAGGAAUUGAAGGAGACAUUAUCAUCGUACAAAUUCAAAUAUAAUGAUGCUUCUACAAAAUGUGAAAAUUGUGUUAUCUCACUACAAGAGUUAAACAAAGUUGCUUUGGAAUUAGAAGCGACAAAGGUUCAAUUGAAUCAAAAGAAUCAAGAAGUCGAACAUUAUACUAACAAGAUCAUGAAAUUGACAGAGAAAAAUACAGAAGUUGAUGAAGAAUUAGAAGAGUUAACGAACGUUAUUCGCAAAUACGAUGUUGAGAAUACAAAGCUUGAAGAUAAGUAUUACACGUGUCGUAAUGAAAUUAAAGAGCUACAAAAGAAGAUUCAAGAUCUUGAGAACAAAAAUCAAGAUCUUCAAUUGCAGAGUGUGGAGAGGAACGUAUCGUCUGACAGAGCCGAAAAGUCUCACGAUGUAUGUAAUUGUACGACAUUACAAAAUAAGAUACGGGAAUUGCAGCUGGAGAUUGUAUGGAAGAAUGGAAAGAUUGCGACGUUAGAGCUGCAAAUACAGAGCGAAAGUUUCCCUUAUCAAAUGAAAUGUAGAGAAUUGCAGGAACUCCUAUCUACAUACAAAAAUAAGAAUAGCAAACUAAAGGCUGAAAUUAAACGAUUAAUGCUGUCUACAAGCAUGAGAGAAUGUGAUGUGUGUAAACAGAGGUUUGUAAAUAGAAGAACUCAAGCGUGCCAAACAAUAUCGACUAACUUAGUACGAUUUUGCGGUUCGAACAGUGGCAUAAUCGAUGAUGAAGUGAAAAUAGCGAAACUGGAAAAGGAAAAGGAAAUUAUGAAAAAUAUUUGUCGUUCUCGAUCGAAGACCAUAAAGGAGCUCGAGCAACGAAUACAGGAAUUGGAACACAGUUGACCUAAUCUUAAAUUAAUAUUAUAUAACUUACUAAUAUUUUAUCGAAUGUAUUGUGAUAUUCUACUGUGAUAUUGUACUGUGAUAUGUAGUUUAGAUAUUGCCGCACCAAGUCUGUCACUUUUUUCUCUACUCUUAAAUGUUUUCGGAUUGUUAGCAGUAUCUCCAUGGACUAUCUUGGUUUGCAACAAUUAAAUACGUGCCUCCAAA